CUCGUUUUCUUCCUCUCUUUGCAGUCUCUGCUUAUUUGUUGUUGAUGGAAGAAGAUGAGAAUUGUGAUGGAAAUGGGAAUGAAGAGGAGCAUUUGAAAUCGAUUGAAAUUGCUCCCAUGAUGUGUUCUUCACCAACAAUUCCAAACCUUUCAUUAAUGUCCUCGAACGAUCCGUUUUUCUCCUGCAUUAUCACUCUCUACAUUCUAAUCCUCCUCUACUUCCCUCAAAGCUUUUCCCUCAAAAUCCUCUAUAUUUUAACUCUUCUUUUGCUUUCCGUCCUUCGCUUCAAUGCCGUCCAAAGGACCCGAACGGGCACAGGAAGUAAACGGAUCGUCAACGAAGUUGAAAAAACGGAGUUCUCGCAGCAAGAGCUUAAGUGGGUCGGGCUUAAAAGUGACCCGGAGGUUAUAAUUCGGAGUUUCGAAGAGUUUUUCGUUGAAUCGGACGUCGGAGCUCCGUUAGAGGUGAUAUUCGAAGGGUUCGAAGGAGAAGAAGAAGGGGAGGAUUACCCCGAUCCGACCCGUGUUAUCGAGAGGCAUCCUUUGUUGUCGUUGUACUACCCGGAGUCGGACUCGGAUAGUUCUUCGUCGUUGGAGAUGGAUUUUCCGGCGAUCGGGGAAUGGAUUUCGAUGGAGAAGAUGUGUUACCGAUGGGAAGAGGAAGACAGAGAUGAAGGGAUGAUUGAGAUAGAUUUGGAUUUUCGUGAAGAAGAAGAUAAUUUGAUUGAGAUCGACAUUUCUUAAGCAUUAAUUUUA